AAAUACACUGGAGUUGUCGCUCGUUGAGACAUUAUAUUCACCAUGGCCUCGAAGUUUUGGAGCCGAUUUUGGGGGAAGAAAGAAAACGUGUCUACAGAGGACGCGAUCCAAAAAUUGAGGGACCUGGAGGAAAUGUUAAAUAAAAAAUCUGAAUAUCUGGAGCAGAAAAUUCAAGAGGAAACGGAGAGGGCUAAAAAUGCUGGAUUCAAAAACAAACGAGUGGCCUUAAAAGCCUUGAAGAAAAAGAAAAACUUUGAAAAGCAGUUGACUGAGGUAGACAACACUCUGUCAACCAUUGAACUACAAAGAGAAGAUUUAGAAAAUGUGGGAACCACAAGUACUGUGCUCCAGGUGAUGAAAACCGCCCGGGACGCCCUCCAGAAGGCCAAUCUAAAACUAGAUGUAGAUGGUAUACACACCUUGAUGGAGGACAUAGAAGAGCAAAGAGAGCUCGCUCGGGAGGCACAAGAAGCUUUAAGCAUGCGCAUUGGUCAAGACGAUGACGACGAAUUGGAGGAAGAAUUGCGUCAAAUGAUGGAAACAGACGAAGUUAAUGAUCUAACGGAGGAAUUACUAAAAUUAGAACCAGUCCCGGUAAAGUUGCCCCGUUCACCUAAGGAUGAACCAGUUCUGCCAGCUGAAACAUCCAAAAUCCGCAAGAAGGAAAAGAAGAGCCAGGAAGAUGACGAUGGCCUUCGUGAACUAGCAGACUGGGCUGGCAGUUGAAUGGAAAUACUUCAACAAAAUGUUAGUGAAUAUUGUGACAGUGACACUUUCCAGUGUGUAGAACACUUAGUUAUCAACUUUACAAUGUCUCAGCUGCAAAGUGACGGAAAUUCAAUUACAAAGUUCUCUGUAUGGGACAUACUUAAGCAGUUGAUCAAUAUGCAGCUGUGUAGUGGUUUGUACAGAUUUCAGGAUUUACGUUGAUGUAUGAAAAAUGGAUUCUGUGACUUGUGCUCGUUAUUCAUCUGUAUUGUACUGUGCGACAUCAGUUUCACGGUGUGUGUAAUCUGUAUUUGCAUAAGUCGAUUCUUACAUGUGUUGCGUUCAUCUCAGAUACUUGACAUUAAAUACGUAUAGUCUUCA